AAAAACGAUAGUCUCUUCAUCUUCCCAAAUCACAUUAACCGUAAGAGCUGCCUAAAAAUCCUCCUUAGUCACUCUGAUGUUGCUGUAUCAUAUCAGGAUGAUACACCAUGGAUAACGAUCACAGAACACAACGGAGCUACGUAUCAUUUAAGACCAGAAACAGAGAAAACUUUUCAAAACUGGCUGACUUCAGUUUACAAAGCAUCUCAAAAGUAUUUUUAGCAUCUUAUUAUUCGCAAAACUUAAGUUUUAAAUCACAGACGGUCGGAAAUAAUAUGGAACGCCGUUUUUUUCCUGCUGAUCAACCUUUGACCACUUUAAUUGAACAAAAAACCCCUACCUCCAAAGGAUUAAAUGAAGAAAGGAGAUUGGAUCAUCUAACUCCUGAUUAUUCUAAUAUUGAUCAAUCUGUUAACAAUCAAUUCAAUGUCAAGCCAUCAAGGAAUUCAGUAUUUCAACCAAUCAACAAUAAUCAUUUGAGCAGAAAUUUACCAAUGAUUCAUUCAAAAGAGGAAAAUGUAAAGUACUCUAAUGGAAAUAUACUUAGAAAUAAAACUUCACCAAUGAAGUAUGUACCUAGUGAAGAUAAACCACCGCCUAGACCACCAAGAAAUCCACAUGUAUUACACACUGUGAAAGAACAUGUAAAUAUGCGUGAUGAUGAGAUUGUGGAAACGAAAGUAUUGGCAAAUGUGAAACAUCGAUAUCCUGUUACUGGUUUAGCUAAACGAAUGAGUAUUGCUGCAUCGGAUCUUUUAGGCAAAUCGCGUGAUGAUCUUAUUUUAUUACUUCUGCAAUUGAAUCGUGAAAAAGCCAAUUUGAAAAGAUGGUAUGAAUAUUUCACUUAUCAAAUUGAUCAAAUUCGAUUAGUCAAAGGCAAUACCAACGAAUCAAAAUCCGAUAUAGCUGUAAUUCAAUCUGAAUUGAAUGAUGUCAUUAGUCAAUUGAAAUUAUCAGAUCCAUUGAUAAAAUUUCUUGAUAAUAUGAUUCGUAUGGGUGAUGUGUACGGUGGUGAUGAUGUACUAUUCGCAAGUGAAUAUCGAAGACACCUUUUACCCUCACAUGAAAUUGUCCCCUCAAAUCCAAGUUUGGAGUUUGCUCGUGAUAUUGAAGAACGUGAAAUUGCCCGUGUCCUUAAUAAUUCAUUACGCCAUCAUUCUCUACAUCGUUCAAGUCCUCUACUUGAUGAGAAUGGUUCCAGUCAACCAGCAACACCUGUCUCAUUAUCUCCAACCUCACCACAAUCCGCAUCACCUUUCAAUAAUAAUGAUGACUUCAUCAAUAAUAAUACAUUGUCAAUUCUACCGAAAUUAGAUAAUAUGCCUGAACCGGUUGAAAUUCGUUUGCAGCGGAAACGUUUAGAAAAAGAAUUAGCUAAUAUUGAAAAUCUCUGCGCUCCACAUCAAUUGAUUCAUAGAAAGUUAAAAAAUACUCAAAAAUCAUUUCGACUAACUGAACGAAGCAAUAAAUUACUUACUGAUCAGGUAACACAGUCAAAUAAAUUUAAUUCCAAAGCACCAUCAGCUACGCUAUUGCGUAGACUACAUCAACAUGAUGGUGUUUUGCAUCAACGUCAAUCGACUCAAUCGGCUAAUAAUAAUAAUAAUUCACUGCGACAUAAAUUCACGGAAUCCAAUUAUUCUAAUAUCUAUGUUGGUGUAACAAAUAAACGUCCUAGUACUGCAUUUGAUCAUUAUUCUCAAGCAUCAAUCAAACACAAACAUCAUCGUGAUCAAGCAAGACUGAUGAUGAUGACGGAUAAUGAUCAUGGUGAUGACAGUGACAACGAAGUAGUAGUAGGUGAAGAAGAAGACGAGAAUGGAAUUAAAAAAUUUCAAAGUAUCCCGGAAGAUUUAAAUUUAUUCCCACAUGAUUCAUUAUUUAUGCAAAACACAACAAUUAAACCAUCAUUACAAGAUGAACGACAUAAACCAUUGAAUUUUCAUGAUCCAUCUGAUCUAAUUCAAAAAUCUUCAAUUCGUUCAAGAUCAUAUUCAGAGAAAAUGUUAUCACCGACAAGAGUGUUGGCAACGUCGCCGACUAGAACAACAACAACAAUAACAGCAUUAAGAAAAUCAUUUGAACUACCUUCAAGAUAUUCUCAUGCUGACGAUGCUGACGCUGAUGACAGAAAUGAAAGAGAUCAUCAUGGAUUAUCGCGUAAACAACCAUUUCAAGAAUAUUAUUCUAAUGAAAUGAAUAAAAUUGAUCAAUGGAAUAAUAGUCAUUCAUCAGAACGAAAGACUUUGAAUCCUCUGAAAACAUCUCAUGAUUUAGAUAAUCGACAAUUUAAAUCAAAUAUAUUUUCCACUGAGCAUUCAAAGCUUUCUUCUACAUUAGAUUCAAAUGACUUGAAAUAUGCAAAUUAUAAUUAUAAUAUUCAUCGGAACUUUGAUGAUUUACUGGAGAAUAUUGAUUUUGCAACAGAUCAAGAUCAUGAUCGCAAUAGAAACCAUGAUAUUUCAAAGAUGAAGCUGAACAGAAAUGAAUUUGGAAGAGAUGAAGCAUACAAAGAUCCGUUUAUUGACCAAACAGUUACCAUUGGUAAAAGUUCAUCCAAUAAACCAUCGUCGUCACCUUUAAGUACAACUCAUGCACAAUAUGACGAUGCGAUGUAUGCUAAUUUGUCACAGAAUUAUUCUGGCACUUCAAUUCAAAAAACUGAAUUAUUCCAUGAAACACAACCUCAUUCGGAUUAUCAUCUUCCAAUGAAUUAUCAAUCUGAUUAUAGUCAUUAUGAUUACAAUGCGAAAAAAAGAGAUACAAUCAUAUCGAAUAGUUCUUCAAUUUUAGAACAAAAUAAAAUACGACCAAUUAAAAAUUGUUUAUUACCAUCACAAACGAACACUGCAACAAAUAAAUCGAGAUUGAAUGUAUACAAUUCACCGAAACAACCUAUUUUAACAGUUUCAUUGUCAUUUCAACAACUUUUCUUAAUUUAA